UGUCAAACAACUUCGGUCACGUGACCGCCUGACGUACUGUCCUCCCCUCUGCGCUGAAGCAGGGGGGGUUUCCAUCAUGGCGUCGAUGCAGAAAAGGCUUCAAAAGGAAUUAUUAGCCAUGCAAAAUGAUCCACCCCCUGGGAUGACGCUCAACGAAAAAAGUGUACAGAACACCAUUACGCAUUGGAUUGUAGACAGAGGAGCAUCUGGCACACUGUACGAAGGAGAGAAAUUUCAGCUGCUUUUCAAAUUUAGUAGUCGAUAUCCAUUUGAUUCACCUCAGGUUAUGUUCACAGGAGAGAAUAUACCUGUCCACCCUCAUGUGUAUAGUAAUGUUCACAUCUGUCUGUCUAUUCUAACGGAAGAUUGGUCGCCAGCCCCUGCUUCAGUGCAAUCAGUUUGUCUUAGCAUUAUCAGUAUGUUGUCCAGCUGCAAAGAAAAGAGACGACCGCCCGAUAACUCCUUUUAUGUAAGAACGUGUAACAAAAAUCCAAAGAAGACAAAAUGGUGGUAUCAUGGUGAGUAUUUCCAGUAUUUCCAGCCAUGUAGACGUAAUUGCUUGUAAAGGUGAUGCAAUUUGAAUCCUUUUUGUUUGCC